AUGGAACGACUGGAUGGAAUGGUCGGUGUCGAUAAUAGGCCGAGGGAAAUAUUUCCAUCAAAUGUGGUGCGACCGUUAGAAGAUGCUGAGAAUCUGAGCAACAAUGCCUCCGUAUUAGAAGAAACGGAGGCAGAUGAUGAGGAACGUGGAGAGCUUACUGUGUUGGAUCCAAAUCAUCCAUUGAUGAAACGAUUUCAAGAGAGCUUAAAAGCAAUGCUGAUAAAACAGCUUCAGAAGUCAGAAGUGGCACUGAGAGAGAUGGAUGAAGAAUGCAAGCGCCAGAAAUCUGCGCACAUUGAGACCGGAUGCGAACUGUACAAUUUUCAACAAGAACUUGCUAAAUUUCAAGUACAACUAGAAAAGAAGCAUGCAGAGUAUGUGGAAAUAUCAGAAAAGACCAGAACAGCACAGGACGACCUGAAACAGCUGCGAGAAAGCUACAGCGAUUCUGUAAAAGGACUGGCUCAGGAGACAAAAACUAUGCAUUCCAUGCGAAAUGAAGUGGACUCUCUUAGUUUACGCUUAUUCUAUCUGAAUAUUGCCAAAGACGAAGUGACGGGAGAUAUCAAAGUAAUGAAGCGUGCGGCAGAGAAGGCAACAAUAGACCUUUCCAAGCAAGAAGACGAGAAAGUUCGUCAGGAUCUGCUGGUGAACCGCAUUCAGACCAAGGUUGAUCAGCUCACCGAGGACAUUGCCCUGUACGAAGCACAGAUUACUGCACAGGAGGCUGAAAUGGAAUCAAGCCAAAACCUUCUCCACGAGGCCGAAGCUCAAAUUGUCUCAAUAAGCGUGGAUAAGAAACAUUUGAUGGCACAGUGGAAUACCAGCCUUCUUGGACUACAGCGCCGGAAUGAAGCAUACGCAGCGCUGAUGAAAGCUCACACCGAAGCAAAAGAGCGACUGAUGGUCCUAGACAACGAACAACUGGCUUAUAAAAGAUCGAUCGCAAAAGAACAGGAAAAGCAUGAACAAUUAACUGUGCUUGUUAACAAAAAUGAAGCCGAUUUAAACACCCUGAAGAAACAGAUUCUCCAGACUCAGACGAAACAUGAAGCUGACAAACAGACGUACAGUACCUAUACUCGGAUGCUACAGGAGACGGAACGUAAUUUGUCUGAGGCACAGUCAGAACUGGCUUCUAAUCAAUCCACUGUCGAUACCCUAAGAAAGCAGAUAGAGAAGGAGACACUGAAGAAGGCCGACUUGGAAAAUAAAAUUAACAAAGAGUUACGUAACAGGCUCACGGCGAAAAAAUCAAUGCAAUAUGUGAAUAAGCUGAACGUAACUGUUCAAGAUCAAAGUCGGGAGCUCAUCACGCAGAUUACCCAACUGGAAAAUCAAAUCGCUAGGGACGAUUUGGCUACGGCGGUGAAAAAAGCGGAAAACCAGAGAAUAAAGGAGAAAAUUCAAGAAGUCGAGCGAGAAAUUCAAGAACGCAACGGGCUAAUUAACAAGUUGGAAGCUGAGAUCCAUCAUGCCACUGUCAUGGUGGAACGAAAACAAGGUGCCAUAGAUCUACUGAACAAAAAACUUGACCGUCUCUUGCAAGAAUCCGGGGGUGUGGAAAUGGGACCACUGGGGGCGAUGAUUGCCAACCUAACGAAAGCUGUCAACGCAAAACAAGAGGAGAUUGGCGAACUGGAACAGCAAUGGCUGAAAGAGCAAAAUGAAUUAGUGCGUCAGAUGAACGAGCGUGACAAUUUAACAAAGAUGGUGGAACGGCUGCGAAAACAGUUGACUAUCCUGGCUCAAAAAAAGCUGAGAAUGGAUAACGAAAUUGCAAUACAGGAACGAGAAAAAGCCGAAUUAGAGCGGGAACUAAAGCAUCUGCAGAACGACACUGGCAGGCUGAAUGGGUUGAUUGCCAAAGAAAAGGCGGUUGGAGAAAACCUGACUAAUGAGAAUAAACUGGCCGAAACGGAUUUCGUGCGUAUGCUUCGUGAAAAGGAGAUGGAGGUGGCAGAACUUCAGGGUAAAUUGGACGAGUUAAAACAAGAACGAGAAGAUAUGCUCAACGAAUUGGUUGAAGUGGAACGCACUAUUAUGCUCUGGGAGAAGAAAGUUCAACUAUGUGAGGAAACGAAGGAUGCCGUUGAAUGUCGUCUUGGACAAGGCGAAAUGAGUGUGAUGAGACAUGAGAUUCACCGAAUGGAAGUCAGGAAGAGCUCACUAUUAAAUCAGCAGGAGAAACUUUUACAAGCUUUGGAGCGGUCCGUGGCCAAACGCGAACUUAUUGUGGCGCAAUCUGAAACACAAAGACACCAGCAAAACAGAGCCAAUCUCCGCAUCACAGCACAGCGACAUCUCGAAGAACUGAAGAAAAAGGUCAAGGGUACCAAGCAGUUGGCGAAUAACUGCAAUACGGAAAUCAAAGAACUGGAGGAGAAACUGGUGGAAUUGGAACAAGAAUUGUUUUCGAAACGCCAGGAUUUCGAAAGUGAGCAGAAACUAAUGGAUGAACUCACUGAGAAAUUGCAGUGUCUUGCUAACGACAAACAAAUGUUGCAACUAAAGCAACACGAAACUGUCUACUGGGAGCAGGUUAAUGAAGGACGAUAUCGGCGUCUGUGCAAUUCCACUAGUGCCUUGGUCGCUGAAUCGGCACGACAGUACAAUCGGAUCCGCACACUUCUCAUGGUGAUCGACAAACUAAUGAUGGAUUUUCCACAAGCACAGCGCGAGCUAUAUCCACUACACCGCAUCUUAGAAAACCGUCUUGAACAAGAAGAUAAAAACGAACGACUGGCUUCUGUCCAGUCUCCAGAGUCAGAAGAUAGUCGUCGAUCCUCGCUGAUUUCCAAGGCCACUCCGGUACGAGAGAACCCGUGAAGUUCUACAAUAAGAGCACUCCAUGAAAAAGAAUGUUUAUGAUGGACCUUACCGGAUGUCCAACGCCUUACACAAAUAAAAAAAGAACUCAACCCAUAUAACUGUACCAUUCGAAAGACACGGAUGUCAUGCUUUUUACGUUCCUCUGAAUGCAUUCCAGAUAAUAUCCCCCUUUAUCAGUCUGGUGUCCAAUGUCUGGUACCAACCCUCAUCAAGAAAAAACAAUGUAGAUAAUGUUGAUUGUUUUUCUCAUUCAGCACAAGCAAAUAAAAGAUAAUAGUUAC